ACGUGACUCGCGGGUCGAAAGAAGCAUCACCGUGAUCCGGCGUAGCCGUCAGAAGGAAGUUGAGAUUCGAAUUGUGCGCACCGACAUCCACCACGGAAUAACCAGAGUUGUCGGAGCACGUGGAAAAGCUCAAUCUGUCCGGACGGAUUUAAAUGGGUUUUGACAUAUUCUCAGUGACUUGCAAGUCUCUUCUGUCAUAUGGCACUGUGCUGAUUUGACUGAUUUCUUCGUAAAAUAAAAUUAAGAUUUUAUUCAGUGUAAUCUCUUUCCAAAUUUAAACUGCGAAUAAUUCUGUUUUUAUAAUUUCAUAGAUUCUGGAUUUAGAUUUCAGUACAGAAGUGACUUGGUUAAAAAUUACUUCCUUACACGAUCUGCGUUAAAUAAUAUUGAGAAAUAGCCGUAACAGAAAACUUAAAAUAAAUAAAUAAAUAACCCCCCAAAAUUACUUCGUAUAUAUCAGAUUCGUAGCCUGUGUUAAAUAAAAACUCAUUUUUAUUCAGUAAAAAUUUUGAGAAUUCAAGAUUUUUUUCGUACUGUGUUACUUGAAAAACUUCGAACUUUUCAUAAUUCAUUUAUGAAACCCUUAUACUAGAAACUUUGAUAUAAUUGUGAAUAACCUAUUUUCUCUGGACUUCUGAAUCCAACUUGCGUCCGCAGGAAUAGCAUCUGAUUUUAAGUCACUUUGCGCUUUGUGUGAUCACUUACUUCCUUCUGGCAAUUUACCAAGCCAAUUAAUUUCCAAAGUGCAUCAUGUACUACAUAAUUUUGUUUACCAUCAUUGCCGGUGUCUCUGGGAAUUUGGUUCCCAAUCAAUACAUUUCUGAAUGGGGUAUCAGCAGUCGACUAACUCAGCCUUCAUGUGUGGACAUACCUGAGAAUCUGACCCUUUGUCAUGGUAUUGGGUACACGAAGAUGCGUUUACCCAACUUGCUCGAUCAUGAUACCAUGGCUGAAGUAUCCCAGCAAUCUGCCUCAUGGGUGCCACUGUUCAAUCUAAAAUGUCAUUCGGACACGCAAUUGUUUCUGUGUUCUCUCUUCUCUCCAGUGUGCCUGGACAGGCCUAUCUAUCCUUGCCGGUCACUAUGUGAGGCCGUACAGAAGGGUUGUGAGGGCCGAAUGAGGGCCUACGGUUUUCCCUGGCCGGACAUGGUACGAUGUGACAAAUUUCCUAUCGACAACGACAUGUGCAUAUCAGUCCAAGCCAACUCUAAUACAGGAUUAAAGGUUGAAGAAACUUUUGAGGAGGAGGAAACUUUUACUGAAAUUGUGACUGUGAAAAGUAAAG